UGCGCGCCCGGGAGCCCCCCGCCCAGGAUCCCCCCCGGCUGCAGGAGCCCUGAUGGAGAAGCCGACGCUGGGCCGGGUUUGAAAGUUUGCCAGACACCAGCUAGUUGCAAUUGCUGUCAAAAUCCGGGCUGGUUCCCAGCAUGGGAGACAGGCGGCCGGAGACACACGCCGGCUCUUCCCCGGCCGUGGCUGCCAGCUCCGAGGCAGAAGAAAUAGAGGUGCUGGAGUCGGAGGAUGUCUUGCCUAUGGCCACAGAGGAUCACUGGAAAGCUCUGUUUGAUCAGUUCGACCCCGAGAGCACUGGCUACAUCAGCACUGAGAAAUUCCAAAACCUCCUCCAGAGACACGGCUCUGAGCUGGACCCACACAAGCUGGAGGUCCUCUUGGCCUUGGCAGACAACAAUUCAGACGGGAAGAUCUGUUACCAGGACUUCGUCAACCUGAUGAGCAACAAAAGGUCAAAUAGCUUCCGCCAAGCCAUUCUGCAAGGGAACAGGAGACUGUGCAGCAAGGUGCUGCUGGAGGAGACUGGGCUAAGCCUGUCCCAGAGGCUAAUUCGACAUGUUGCAUAUGAGACCUUGCCACGUGAGAUAGACCGGAAGUGGUACUACGACAGUUACACCUGCUGUCCUCCACCCUGGUUCAUGAUUGCCAUCACCAUUGUAGAGGUUGCCUUUUUUCUUUACAACGGCGUGGUAUUAGACAGAUUUGUGCUGCAAGUCACCCACCCUUUAUACCUGAAGAACUCACUAGUGUAUCAUCCUCAGCUCCGUGCGCAGGCUUGGAGGUACCUAACCUACAUAUUCAUGCAUGCAGGGAUAGAACACCUUGGACUCAAUGUUGCUCUUCAGCUUCUGGUUGGGGUUCCCCUUGAAAUGGUGCACGGAGCAGCAAGGAUUGGCUUUGUCUACAUUGCUGGAGUCAUAGCAGGUUCCCUGGCAGUGUCGGUAGCUGACAUGACUGCGCCUGUGGUGGGUUCCUCUGGAGGGGUUUACGCACUCAUUUCUGCCCAUCUGGCCAACAUAGUGAUGAACUGGUCUGGAAUGAAGUGCCAAUUCAAGCUGCUGCGCGUGGCUGUGGCCUUGAUCUGUAUGAGCUUUGAAUUUGGAAGGGCUGUGUGGCUGCGGUUCCAUCCAUCUGCUUACCCCCCAUGUCCACACCCAAGUUUCGUCGCCCACCUGGGCGGGGUGAUGGUGGGAAUCACGUUGGGAGUGGUCAUCCUACGGAACUAUGAGCAGAGACUCCAAGACCAGUCCUUAUGGUGGAUCUUUGUUUUUAUUUAUGUCAUCUUUGUACUGUUUGCCAUCUUCUGGAAUGUUUUUGCCUACAACUUGUUGGAUCUGAAGCUACCUCCACCUCCUUGAGUCCCUGCAACAGACUGCUCAGGAGGGCAAAAGACUUUUCCAUCUGCCAGCGAUGUUAAAUGAAUCGAAACCAAGGAUUUAUUUUUAUAUGACGAUUGGGGAUACAUAAAUGGUCUUCUGGGAAUGCACAUGUUAAGGAAACUUCUGACAUCUUUUUCGUCUGACUGAAGAAUCUGAAGAUUUAAGCUAAAACGUAACAAGAGAAGUUGGGGUAUGAAUCAGACAGGUACUAUUUAUACUCCACUGGGACCCAAUCCUGCAGCCUCUCCAUUAUGGCUACUCCCCUUGAAGAAGGGCUGCAGGAUCAACCCAAUGUUUGUAACUGGGCGUCUAUCACUCGGUUUAUUAGCACACCCAUGGAUGUUUAAUUUGGAUCACUUAGAUUUUUCCAGGCUGUGCUGGAUCCAUGACCAGUCGGUUUAUGAAAGUCUUGUGUUUAACUGAGUAAUAAAAGAAAAACAAGUUUCACUUUUCCCACCUAGAGCAUAGGAGCUAGAACUAGGGACGCUGCCUCAUAGCUGGCUUGAAGGAGUAAGAACAACCUUGAUUGUUUCAACACCACCAAGCUAGAGACUCAAGGGAUACUCACAAGGCAACUUGAAUUUGGCUUUAAUGGUUGAGUCUGACUGUUCAGCCGAGCCACUGCCAUUGCCUUAUUACUUGAAUGGUUAACUCUAGGCAGAGCUGUCCUGUCCAUAGGAUGAUUCAGGGCAGCUGCCCCGGGCCCUGUAUUUUCAGGGCCUCCGUGG